GCGCGCCCACCCGCCGCCAUUUGAACGGGGAGUCCAUGGCGGCCGGCGAGUCUGCGGCGCUACCCGAGGAAUGGCGGUUUUACCUUGUCCCCGCCCGAGCCGCCACUUUCCGCAACUGGCCCUUCACCGAGGGCUGCUCCUGCACGCCCGAGAGGAUGGCGGCGGCGGGUUUCGUGCACUGCCCCAGCGAGAACGGCCCCGACGUGGCGCAGUGCUUCUUCUGCUUCAAGGAGCUGGAGGGCUGGGAGCCCGACGACGACCCCCUGGAGGAACACAAAAAACACUCUGCGGGCUGCGCUUUUCUUUCCCUGCAGAAAGAUCCCACUCACCUAACGCUGCAGGAGUUCCUGAAGCUGGACAAAGAACGAAUGAAAAACGCAAUUAAAAAAGAAAUCUCUCGGAAGGUGAUCGAGGUUGAAGAUGCAGCCAAGAGAGUGCGUCGUGAAAUAGAGAAUCUGGUCUCCUAGGUAACUGUAGCUUCUCACUUGCUGGUGACAUCUGUGGCGUAGGCGUGCUCUGGCACUGCUGCUGUGGCUGAGUGACUGUGUUUCCUGAGACUGCUUUCCAAACAGGCGUUUCUGAGAAGCUGACUGAAUUCUCCAUCACUCACCUGAGUCUGUCUGGGAAGUACCUGGGGUUUGAUGCACUGCAUACGUUAUUUUUUUUUUUUCUGCAGGGAUUUCCCUAUUUUUUUUCCCAUUGGUUUAAUUAAGGAUUACUACUUGUGGUUUUAUUUGUUCUUUUUUACUUUUUUUUUAAACCCAUCUGCUUCCAUUUUGGAGGUGCUCAUAGCUCUGGUGCAAAAGGUUGUGUUUCUUGCAAGAGCUGGCAGGCACUUCCAUUUUUAUACUGAAUAUGCUAAUGCUUUUGGAUACUUUUGGAAAUAAAGAGGGGAAGGAGUUUUAAAACGCCUUCAGGGAUUUAGGAUUGUGGCUAGCAAUGUCUAAUACCAAAUCUUAGUGUGCCUGAUAUCCUUGUAAACUUCUAUUUGUAGUUGGCUGCUGCCUCGUGUUGAUGCAUGUAUAAAUAAAAGUUUAAAGGCAAAAUGA